CCCCCCCCCCACCACCACCUCGCCACCAACACCAGCGGGCGGAGUAAUAGCCUAUUUACGUGUGGUGUUUACGGUGUGAUUUGUUCUCGCAUGCGUUCUCGGUACACAAGCUCGCGUGCACGGUUUAUCUCAUACUAGCAAAUCGGUACCCUCCGCGUGCGCCUGUUAGCUGCUGUAAAGCGUUUCACAUUCUGUGGUCCUGCCCUCAAGAUCGUGAGCUGAAUUCUGAUUGGAGGAAAUGGACUGCCAAUCUUUCCUGCACCAGUGAUCACGCCGGGAGACUCCAGUGGUGACAUCCUGUCGGGCCAGAGAUCAAAGGCGAGGAGGCUGUUUUACCACUGCUGGAACUGAAGAUUGCUUUAAAUAAGCAAGUCCUUGUGGAAGGUUUUUUAAGUCAUGAUGCAAGAAUCUGGGACCGAGGCUAUGAGCAACGGACCAGCCAAUCAAAAUGGAGGAGGGAGCUUGGAGGGCGGAUCCAGGGAGGGACCAACCAAGAGCGCAACGCCAUCAAUGGAGGUGACUGCAGCUGACCUCCUGCAUCUCCAGCAGCACCAGGCUCUCCAAGUGGCUCGGCAGAUACUCCUCCAGCAGCAACACCAACAGAAGCAGUCCCACUCACAGCAACUGCAGUCUCAACAAAACACUGGCCGCAAAUCCCCUAAAGCCAACGACAAGCAGCAAAGCCUACAGGUUCCAGUUUCAGUGGCUAUGAUGACACCCCAAGUGAUAACUCCUCAGCAGAUGCAGCAAAUCCUUCAGCAGCAAGUCCUGAGCCCUCAGCAGCUCCAGGUUCUUCUCCAGCAGCAACAAGCCCUCAUGUUACAACAGCAGCAACUCCAAGAGUUCUACAAGAAACAGCAGGAACAGCUCCACCUCCAGCUUUUACAGCAGCAGCAGCAGCAGCAACAGCAACAGCAACAGCAGCAGCAGCAGCAUGCAGGCAGCAAGCAGAGUAAAGAGCAGCAGGUGUCAGCCCAGCAGUUGGCCUUCCAGCAGCAGCUCCUGCAGGUCCAGCAGGUCCAGCAGCAGCAUCUGCUCAACCUUCAGAGACAAGGGCUGCUCACAAUCCAGCCUGGACAGACCGGCCUGCCACUGCACUCCCUCACUCAGGGCAUGAUUCCAGCAGAGCUGCAGCAACUGUGGAAGGAGGUUACAAAUGCUCACGUGAAGGAAGAGCACAACAACAGCAGCAACAACGGCCACCGGGGCCUUGACCUGUCCUCCCCGGCACCGCCUAAGAACCCACUCCUCAACCAGCAUGCCUCCACCAACGGGCAGUACCUGAGUCACAAGAGAGAGGGAUCAACACUAGAAGAGCAUUCCCCACACAGUCACCCUCUCUAUGGUCACGGUGUUUGCAAGUGGCCUGGAUGUGAAGCGGUGUUUGAUGAUUUCCAUUCAUUCCUUAAGCAUCUUAACAAUGAGCACGCCCUGGAUGACAGGAGCACGGCCCAGUGUCGGGUGCAAAUGCAGGUCGUACAACAGCUGGAGCUGCAGCUAUCGAAAGACAAAGAGCGUCUGCAAGCUAUGAUGACGCACCUACAUGUCAAGUCCACGGAGCCCAAAGCCACCCCCCAGCCGCUCAACCUGGUGUCCAACGUCACAUUGUCCAAAUCGGCCCCCGAGGCCUCUCCUCCUCUGAGCCUGCCCCGGACCCCCACCACCCCCACAGCACCUCUAACACCCCUGUCCCAGACCCACUCCGUCAUCACAGCCAACAGCCUCCACAGCGUGGGCCCUAUGCGACGACGCUACUCCGAAAAAUACAACAUGCCCAUCUCUCCAGAUCUCAGUCAGAACAAAGAGUUUUACAUGAAUGCAGAUGUUAGACCGCCGUUCACGUAUGCCUCACUAAUAAGACAGGCAAUUCUUGAAUCUCCAGAAAAGCAGCUAACACUAAACGAAAUCUACAACUGGUUCACACGAAUGUUUGCAUAUUUUAGACGCAACGCAGCGACGUGGAAGAAUGCAGUCCGGCAUAAUCUUAGUCUUCACAAGUGUUUUGUGCGAGUAGAAAACGUAAAAGGGGCUGUGUGGACAGUCGACGAAAUAGAGUUCCAAAAGAGACGGCCUCAAAAGAUCAGUGGUAGUCCAGCCUUAGUGAAGAACAUUCAGACCAGCUUGGGCUAUGGUCCGACUCUCUCUGCUGCCUUCCAGGCUUCAAUGGCAGAAAACAACAUACCUCUAUACACUACUGCUUCUAUUGGAAGUCCCACCCUCCACUCCCUGGCUAACGCCAUCCGUGAGGAGAUGAAUGGAGCGAUGGACCAUGGAAACAGCAACGGCAGUGACAGCAGCCCGGGACGCUCGCCCCUGCUAGCUAUGCAUCACAUCAGCGUUAAGGAGGAACCACUGGACCCCGAAGACCAUGAAGGGCCCCUCUCCCUGGUAACGACUGCCAAUCAUAGUCCAGAUUUCGAUCACCACAGAGAUUACGAUGACGACCAGGGCCACGACGACAUGCUGUAAGGCUAGCGCCGCCCCUCGCCCGGCCUCAGAGGCAGAGGCAGUCUGGGUCAUCUGGGAGACAGAAACGCUUCGCAGAUAACAAACACUGAACUGCAGUCUCAGCCACUGAUGACAGCUCUCAAAUGUCUCCGAGUUAACUUUUUAGUGCCAUUACAAUACCUAGCAAGAACACAAACACAAAAACACAGAAUACGCCCCCGCAUGAGGGAUUUUUUUUCUUUCUCUCUUUCUACUUUUGAUUUAAGUAAAGCUUAAAAAGUGAAACUUCAUUUCUACUCAUGUGCGGGAUGGACUUGUUCGGUACGGCGGCGACGUGCUCAUGGUCAAGAGACCCUCGCCGUGAAGCCAGGACGGACUGCACUCAGCGGACUGCAAGAGGGGUUGUGUCUCUCCCCAACCCACCCCCUGCUCUCUCUCUCCCUUCCUGACUCUUUCAGACACACACAUCUGAUCACAAGCUCAAGAGCGAGAGAGAGAAUGACUGACGUUUAAUUCACACCGGGUGUGUGUGUGAGAAUGCAGCAAGUGCAGACUUUUGUACAUUGUCACUGCCUUCAACACUUCUCAUUGGUUUGAUUCCAUCUAAGGUGGGAAGGAUGUUGUUUUUUGUUUGGGUGUAUUUUUUGUCAGGGGGGUGAGAGGUUAUAAACUAUCAACCUUUGUGUCUUUUCCAUUCAAUGCUGUUUUUGAAGUUGCAUCUUUUUUUUUUUUUAGACCUCAUGCCCAUACUGUGGAGAUUCUGUGUGGUCAGCACUUGAUGAUGAAUGUUUAUGAUUUCCUUUCAUGUUGUUCUUUUAAACACACACAUGAAGCAGAAUUUCCCAUACCAAGUAGUUUUUUUUUUUUUACUUCUGUCAUUUACUCUACAAUCUUCAAAAGAAGAGUCACCACGCUGACGUGUAGCCCGCCCCUCACCCCUUCGUUCCUCCCCUCCCCCUUUUGCUCAUGAAGUCCAUUGGCAAUGCACUACUCGUAAUGAAGGCUCUCUCCACGCAUCAAUGAAGUUUAAUUUAAGAUGCGAAUGAAUGACAGAGAAAUCAUGCAUGUUAUGAUUUAUCCUUAUGAAAUUAUACUUCAAAACAGUCCCUCACGGCAGAGCAUGUUGAGCUGCAACAGAAUUUCUGAUCGCUUAUAAGCUCCGGGUUUUUUAAAGCGAAAUGAAAAUGUCAGGUGUGUGCCAGAGAGAUAAUGAUUUAGACCAACUAAUUGUAAUUCCUGAACACAACUGUCAUUGUUAAUCAAACGUGUCUGCUUUUUCCACGCUGUAAUUUCAUUCAGUGCUUCAAGAUAAACGUGCAUUCCCUGUAGUGUUAUUUGUAUCACGCGCAUGACCAGUUUUAAGUUUUAGUGAGUGUUAAAAAUUGCACACCGCAUGAACCGCUCCUCUUUCUUUCAUCAAGGGUAAAAAUCCCUAGACUUGCAAUAAGACCUAAUUAUUGCACAUUCCAGCAUUUGACAGUCAUCAUAAAGGGCAAACUCAUACAGUACAUGCCAUUUAAGGAAUGUGGAUACCUCGAUGUUCAAUGUCACCCAAAAAGCCAAUAGUUGUAGUCCAAGUGGAAUCCACAUGUAGUCCAGCUUUGGUCGAGAGUAAAAUUUAACAGAGACCAUGAAAUCCAAGACUGCAAUCAACCACUUUUUAUUAAUUUCUUUUAAUUUAUUAAUCAUAUUAUUUUAUGUUUUAUUUGGCUUUUUUCUUUAGUUUUUGAUGUGUUUAAAUAUCUUGUUCUGUGACUACCAAAGAUAAAUUACAAAGUAAAUGUUGUUUGUGCCAUGCAAUAGCAGAUAAGGCCAAAUAAUAUCUCCUCCAUUCUCUUCCAUUGGACAAUCUCAGCAGAUUGAGCCGAUGGCAGAUCGAAUCGAAGGAAGUGCUCCUCAAACUGGUGUUUUCAUUCAUUUUUAUAAAAACCAAAGGGGGUGUAUCGAACAGGACAGCUGCAGUAAUGUUUGCAGUGACCAAAACCGAAAGGGAGGUGCUGACAGUCUGACUACACGAUGACCAAAUUAGGGAAACUUUAUGUCUUUGGGCCAGUGAGUGGAAAAGGGAGCUAUUUUGUCAGGAGCAGAUAUGAACAUAAAGGGUAUGUAGAUUAAGUCAAUGAGGAAAAAAAUAUACUGGUAAAUGGGAAAAAAAGCUUUGCAGAGAACAAUGUAAAACGGAUUUUAUACUUCAACUGGACCACAUCAAUUCAAUGUUUCUCUUCUUUUAUUGCUUAUUCAUUUGUAUCCUUUAAAAAUGAUUGUAUGCCACUCUUUAGGGGUUUUAGCGUUAUUUGGAAAGACUUUAUGAUUGUGUUUAGUUUCUGUCAGUUUAUUACUUUUUAUAUUAAAAAACACUCCUGUCAACUAAUAAGCUGGGUACAAGGUACUUUAUGGCAGUUAUUGUUACUAUUAUGCUAUUUUUAAGUUCACCGCUUAUUAACUAAAAAGGAAAAGGGCAAUCUGUGGUUUCCAGAAGUUGUAUUUGAUAUCCAGGCAGCUGUGGGAUGGGUCAGUCACAACCAGGCUAAGAUCGUGAGAAUAGGGGCGAGCUCAUCCACAAACCCCCAGUCAUUUGGCUGCUUUGUUUGGUAUUGAAAACGGAGGAAAAGCGCUGGUAGAUUAGAACAUUCUCAUCAUGUGUAGCUCGACAUUACUAAAGAUAACAGCAUGAGAAAACCGUUUGUACGCAUACCUCAGUUCAAACCUAUAGGGAAUGAUUCAAUUAAAUGAGAAGAAAAUAAACAAACAUUUCACUCAGUUGCACUUAGUUGUAUGUCUUGCAUGUGUAGUCUGAUACUGUAGAGAGAAAACUACAAAAAAAUGGAAAAAAAAUGAAAUUAGAGCUUGUUUUUAUUAAAGGUGUCAACCUUUUUUUGCCAAACCAAUCCAAACCUCAGUCCUUUUGUUCAUGGAAACAUCACCCAGCUGUGUGUGGCACCAUUCAUCCUGUCAAGGUCUGUUCUCUGAUGUACUGAUAGGUUGUUUUAAGAGCCGUUCCAAUAUUAGGUUGUACAUACAUGUCGCUAUAGCCUUUUGUCUUUUUCCUGUCUUUUUCUCUCCUUUUUUAAAGAUCAAAAAUGCAUUUGUGUUAUGAUGUUUGCUUUAUUGCGACUGCUUUGUAUUAUCUAUGAAAUAGCUAUGAGAAAAAAACUGCUGUAUGUAUUGGAAUAGCAAACUGUGCUGCAAAUGUAUUUUACUUAGUAAUCCUUGCUUUAAAAAAAAAAAAAAAAAAAUCACAUCAUCCACGCAGACAUGGGUGAGCUGGGCAGGGGCAGGCCAGGGGGGGAGAUUAUCCCCGAUUUUGGAUUUUAAACUGUAAAAUAGAAAACAGACUUUUCUCUGUUAUCAUUGACCUAAGCAUUUUGUACAGAUUUUUCCCUCUUUGUGUUAAGCUGUUUUUGAUACUUCCUUUUGAUGGUCCAACCACUGCCUUCUGUGGCUGUAUGUUAAAGAUUACUGCUCUGAGAAAAGGGCAGACAGGUAUAUUUCCUGCACAAGGCGGAGAUAUCUUGCAUGACUAAUCCCAGGGUCACAGAGAUGGGGAGGAGGGGAGGGGGGAUACGUUUUAAGUGGUCAGUAAUAAUAUAAGGGUGUAUCAAUCUAUUGAUAUUUUAUAUGAAAUUAAUAAGAAAAAAGAAAAAAAUAUGCAGUGCCAAGAUGUAAAGACUAUUGUUAAAUGAUGUUUUUAUUGUUUGAAAAGUUCAUUUCACUCACACAUCCAAGAUGUGUGCUCAUCCAUGUAGGUAAAACACACAUUUUGUUUGGCAUCAAGAUAUUUAUAUUUUUUAUCUCAAGGGUCAUUGUAAAUGAGUCAAACCAAGCACAGCAGGCAGGUCAAAGGUUAGGCGCUGCUGGAGACUAACGUCCUGGACACUGGCCGUGUGGCAUCAGAUCCCCCAAGCAUCACACACUGGCACCUGAGCUAAAAAUGCCAUUGUUUCAUCCAUCACCAAACAUCCAGCCCGCUUUUAUUCCAUCCCCCUCUUUCUUCCUCUCUCACACCAGACUUUGGUUUUCUGCAGAUGGAGGGGGAGAGAGGGAGGGAGAGAAGGGAUCUGAGGGGGUAGCCCAGGAGCUGUCACGGUGCUCUCAUGCUGCAGCAGCUUUUCUUUUUCUUACUCUUUCUUUUUUCUUUGAAGAUGUAUUCUGUAGUUUCUUUUUCCAGUUUUUUUUUAUAGAGAAAUAUUAAUGCUCAUCACUUCCGUCAGUCUGUAACCUCCUCAUCAUUCCUCGUCUGUCUGAUGCAGACCAAUCUGUUGUAGUCAGUGGCGAUGACUGACGUGAGCAUUCUAAACAUGCAAUAAAAUGCUGGUUGUUCGGA